AUGAACGAUGUUGUUGCCGGGAUUUAUGCAAGCGGUGGUGACCAUCGAACUCAGCUCGAACAAUUGGCGUCGGUGCUAAAGACCGUAUAUAACGGGGACGCGCCAGAUGCAACUAACGUAGAGCAACUCCUUAACCUUGUUGAAGCCGUCAGCAAGGAAAGCGGGAGUAUGGUCGUAUCGCGGCAGUUCCUCGGACUGAUAGAUCAAGCAUUGGAAGAACGCCCGCCCAGUGCAAAGAAGCUUAUUGAAAUCGUGGAGGGCGUGCUGAACGUUACGCAAAGCCGUGCGAUUUCCUAUGAAGAACAGGUGACCAGUCUACGUCUGAAGCUUGCACAGGCUUUCGAACGUGAGUCGCAAUGGACAGACGCUGCCGCCACCCUGCUGGCGAUCAACUUGGAGAGCAGCCAGAGGGUCCAUCCUGCUUCGUUCAAGAUGGAAAUGUAUCUACGAAUGGGCAGGCUUUAUCUUGAGGGUGACGCUGUGGAUGAUGCGGAAGCGUCCGCGAACCGUGCUAGCCUGCUGCAAGCGGAGGCUAAAGAUGAAAAAUUGAAUGUGCAGCACAAGGCGCUAAUGGCACGUGUGAAUGAUCGGCGCGGCCGUUUUAUCGAGGCUGCUCAACGUGAUCAAAAACAUGCUCUCACUGCCGCGAUGACUUGUACGAUCUUGGCACCUCCUGGAAACUCCCGCACCCGCUUACUUGGGACGCUGCGAAAGGAAGAGGGAGCCCGGUUGAUCCCGUGCUACAAUCUGUUGGAAAAGCUCUUCUUGGAAAGAUUGAUCAAAGUCGAUGAACUAGCAGAAUUCGAACGAACCCUGACGCCAUGGCAACAACACGACGAGAAGGGAGCCCCGAUUAUUCGUGGUGUUAUGGUAGAACACAAUAUGACAGCUGCCGGCCAAGUCUAUUCGAACAUUUCAUUGAAGACCUUGGCUUCACUACUUGGUGUCAACGAGCUUGAGGCUGAGAAAGUGGCGGCUCGUAUGAUUGCCUCUGACCGACUCAACGGAACGAUCGAUCAAAUCGACCAGAUUGUCGUUUUCAACGGCAAGACACCGAUCGAGGAAUGGGACGACCAGAUUGAAAUCUUCUGUCGCCAGGUCGAGCGAACGGCUGAGCUGAUCAUCGCGAGGCACCCGGAACUUGACGACAUC